UCAUAUUAUUUAUAUAAAAAUUAUAUAUCAUUUCUAUUGAAAAAAAAGAUCUGUGUAAAUAGGGAAUAGGUUUCAAUGAGUUUUGAAAUUGGUAAUUGAUCACCAGGUCGAGGUCCUGGUUCAUCAGGAUCCUCUGAGUGCGAAUGUAGAUGUCCGUAUUGUUUAUUGAUAUUCCAGUAGAUUCAAAGAAACCCCAUAAAACGAUUCCAGAAAAUUUCAAAACAAUUUCCCUGGAACCGCCAGCUGUCAUUGAUCGUCGGAAUUUCCGUCACGAAGAAGCGCUUGCGCUGGAAGUCACCCGACGACCCUUAACACCACAUUGGAUACCACCGUGAAUCCAGUCCAUUGGUGAUACCCAUUGACUCCAAUUCACCUGCCCCAGAGUCUCCAAAAUAUCCACCGAAUAACGAGUAAAAGUCAUCACCACCAGGCGAAACCCACAAAUUGCUCCCUAAGUAAAUUAAAAAUCAUAAUCAAAACAAGAAAAAAAGGUAACAAAUCACCAGGAGUCGCAGUGAAAGAUCCCCCAAGUGGGUAGACCCUUGGAUAAGGCAGACGAGCGAUAAAAAUAAUAAUAAACCCCAACCCCCCCCAAAAAAAAGAAGAAAAAUUGGUAAAAGUAUCGAAAGACCUAGAGCUCAAAUGUAUAACGGCCGCCGUUCGAAGGCGUCGAAGAAGAAGUCAGGAUGUCGUUGCCGAGAGAGUGGAGUUAUCACCAGGAGUCGAGGACCAUCGCUGAUCCCUAUACAAAUGGAACACAGUCACAAGAUCGCGUCGUACCAUCGGAAUCACUCGUUGACGAGAACCUGAAGCAACCGAAUUCCCUCGGCUCGUUGCUAUCGAUACACUCAGCACCAGUUUAUGAAGUUGCAACGGGCACAUCAUCACCAACACGACCAGCAUCACUCGUUGUUCAAGCAACAGCAACAUCAACACCGGUAGUACCACCACAUCUAAGUCCUGAGACCAAUGACGACGAGGACAAUGAUAAUCUACUGACUAUUUCGAGCUUAACCGCACGUCCUCUCAUCGCCAAAUCACGUGAAAUUCGUUCGUCCAAGAGAUUUGCCGAGAGGGGCAAGAGGAGGCACAAAAAUUUACGACCGAAAAAUGCAACUUAUGUACCACUUGAUGGAGGAUAUGGAUGGGUUAUCGUCGGUGGAGCUUUCUUUGUUCAAUUCUGGGUUGCUGGACUCGUUAAAUCCUAUGGUGUACUCUACGUCGAAGUUAUGGAGACAUUCAAGGGCUCAUCAGCUGCUGUCGCUUCUUGGAUACCUGCUAUUUUAUCGUGUCUUUGUCUUGCUCUAGCACCAGUUACUAGCAUGCUUUGUCAAAAGUACAGCUGCCGUGCCGUGGUAUUCGUCGGUGGACUUUUCUGUGCACUCGGUUUGACUAUCAGCUACUUUGCAACGAGUCUAGUUCAUCUGUUCUUCACCUUCGGUAUUUUAACAGGAGUUGGCGGUGGUCUCUCGACAACUCCUGGAAUAAUAAUAGUAUCCCAAUACUUCGAUAAACAUCGUGCCCUGGCGAAUGGCAUCUGCGUGUCAGGAACAGCAGCAGGAAGUUUUGUAUUUCCCCUGUUGAUCGAGACCCUAGUGGCAAAUUUUGGAUUUCACGGUACAAUUCUUCUCCUGGGUGGCUGCAUGCUCCACGUCUGCGUCUCUGCAACCCUCUACCGACCCCUAGAAGACAAUCCAUCAGCGAUGGUGAUGACAGUGAGUCAGGGUAUAAUCGACAACAUAUCAGAGACGCCACCCACCAAGCAGCAGAAGCUUGAGCUACUAUUUGCCAAUGAUUCCACAGCCCGACACAAUUUAUUCAACGAGCUAUUCCACCAGAAUAGUGUUGCUGCUGUAGAAUUAACAGACAGCGAAGAAGAAAAGGACAUAAUGGGUGAGGGUAUGAGAAUGAAGCCCAUCUCCAAGAUAAGGAGUUCGAGUAUACUUCACAGCGUUGAAGACCUCUCAACGGAUUCAACUUGUGUUUACAAAGCGAGAUCAUCACUGAGAUCGCUCAAAUCAGUGCCCUUCGUCACUGGACCCAUUAAAAAUCCAGAACCCAUAGAUUUACCUGAAAAAGAAAUGAGAACCAGUGUCUCCCAGAAGAUUGCCCAGUACAUUGAUCUCAGCUUGCUGAAGAAUCCACAGUUCAUCAUGAUGUGUCUGUCUGUCACACUGAUGAGCACUGGUAGCCCUUACAUGCUGUAUUAUCUGCCAGCUUAUGUCCAUAAUUCUGGAUACUCCAAAUCGGAGGCUGGAUAUCUUGUUGCUAUAUCUGCUGCUUUGGAUCUUUGUGGAAGACUCGGACUUGGAUGGCUCUCUGAUCUACAAUUGUUUGAUCGACGAAAAGGAUACAUUGGGAGUAUUGUCGGUGCUGGUGUGGCAGUUCUGGCGAUUCCCAUGGCUCAUUCUUUCUACGUUCUUGUGUGCUCGGUGGGAAUGUACGGUUUGUGUCUCGGCUGCUGGUUCCUCCUGGUGCCAGUGCUGCUAGCUGAUCAAUAUGGCGUUGAGAAAAUAUCAUCCAGUUAUGGUCUUGUCAGGAUGUUUCAAAGUAUCGGAGCCAUCUCUAUUCCACCUCUUGCAGGUUACCUCAGGGAUUUAACCGGAAGCUAUUCAGUUUGUUUCGUGUGCAUGGGUACAUGCAUGGUCCUUGGGGGAAUUCCUCUUCUCGUUGUGCCCAGUGAUGGGCGAAAAAAUACGAUAACAAAAUUAUCCGUCAACUUACCACCGGAAACUAAGGAAACAUCGCAAACAACAAAGAAUUAGUACCUCAGAGCAGAUUAAUAUAAUAAAAUUCAUGUUGUUGAUGAAAAUAUGAAUAACAGAGAAAUUAAACCAUAAUAUAAAAUAUUGGGUAAGACCGAAUGAGAAUGAAGUCGCAAGGAGGUGAAAAUGUUGCUUUAUUUACGAAUUACUGAUAUAAGUGCACAGGUAUUACAUUGAACAGAGAAAUUGUAGAGCGACGAGAAUUUGAAUAGAGAAUUGAAAAUUUAAAUUUAAGUUUAAAUCUAAUGUUUUUAUAGAUAAAUUUAUUGAUUCGAUUGAUUAUCAAUCCCGCCAAUCUCUUCUUUCAAAGUAGUUUCCAUAAAAAUAUCGAUAGGUAAUCGUUUAACACAAGAGACUCACUUCGUUCUACGAAUUCUCCGUUGAAGUAAUUUUAUUUUCAACGGUACAAUUAAUUUCCUCAAGAGCAAAUGAUAAAUUCUUGAAAUGUGCAUGAGACUGUGAUGAAAUCGCGAGAUAAAUAAUCGGACAGAGUACAAGGAGUCAACCACACCUAGUUUUUCCGAAAAUUUCAGAUGUAAGAGUGAGAAUUCAUGGAGGAAUAAGUGAUAAGUAUUUUCCUGCUAUUGUAACAAAUUGAUGGUGGAAUGUAAUGAGAAGCACUGGGUUCAUCUUUCUACGAUCUACGAUAUUACAAUCUCUGAUUUAUGAAUUUCUACUUGAUUGAAAUAAAUUGAGUGAUUGAUU